GCCCAUUUCGUUUCCGGUUUGAAGAAAUUCUGUGUGAGAACAGAACGCACGCGCUCGCGGCGUGUACCGGGAGGGGACAGAUUUAUAUUUUAAUAAAGACAAGCAGAUUGUGUAAAAAUGCCGACAGUACGUCAGAAUGCUCUCUUCGGGAUGGGGAACCCGCUGUUGGAUAUCUCUGCAGUGGUGGAUAAGGAUUUUCUUGAUAAGUAUGCCUUAAAGCCCAAUGAUCAGAUUCUGGCAGAGGACAAACACAAAGCUCUGUUCGAAGAGAUUGCGAAAAAGAGUAAAGUUGAGUAUCACGCCGGAGGAUCCACACAGAACUCUGUUAAAAUUGCUCAGUGGAUGAUCCAGGAGCCUCAUCAGGUGGCCACGUUCUUCGGCUGUAUCGGUACAGAUCACUUCGGGGAGAUUCUCAAGCAGAAAGCGGCUGAAGCUCAUGUGGAUGCUCAUUAUUAUGAACAGAGCGCAGAACCCACUGGAACAUGUGCGGCCUGCAUCACUGGAGACAACCGAUCUCUGAUCGCAAACCUGGCGGCAGCAAACUGUUACAAUAAAGAGAAACAUCUUGAUGUUGAGAGAAACUGGAGUCUGGUGGAGAAAGCUCAAGUUUACUACAUCGCUGGCUUCUUUCUGACCGUGUCUCCUGAAUCCAUUCUUAAAGUGUCCAAACACGCGUCUGAUAGCAACAAGAUCUUCGGGCUGAACCUCUCUGCACCCUUCAUCAGUCAGUUCUUUAAAGAGCCGCUGAUGAAAGUAAUGCCGUACGUGGACAUCAUCUUUGGGAAUGAAACGGAGGCGGCUACAUUUGCAAAGGAGCAAGGCUUUGAGACAGAUGAUAUCGCAGAGAUCGCUCGGAAGGUUCAGUGUCUGCCCAAAGUGAAUAAGAACAGGCAGAGGAUUGUGGUCUUUACUCAGGGCAGAGAAGACACUGUGGCCACUGUGGGUGAUCGAGUGAAAAUGUUUCCUGUUUUAGACAUUGACCAGAAUGAUAUUGUCGAUACUAACGGUGCCGGUGACGCGUUUGUUGGAGGUUUUCUGUCUGAGUUGGUUCAGGAGAAGUCUCUGGAGGAUUGUAUCCGGGCAGGACACUACGCCGCCCAUGUCAUCAUCCGGCAAGCUGGCUGCACCUUUCCAGAGAAACCCGAUUUCCACUAACUCCAAUCCUCCAUCGUUCCAUCUCAUUCUUUCGGAUAUUCCAGCAACACAAUCUGCAGUCUCUGCACUUGUUUACAGAUGUUUAUUGUUAAACGGGCAUUUAUCAGGAUUACCGCAAACACUCCAGUGAGGUCAUGUGAAAAAAAUAAAACCAGCGUUGUCUUUUAAACUACAUUUUAUUUCUUCAUAUAUAUAAUCUAUUAAAGAUCCAUUGUGUCCUUUAAAAGUGCAUUUAUAUUUCUCAAAAGUGAUAGAUAUUGAAUUAACUUAACAGGAUUAUUUAAUGGAUUUUUGUCUUUCAGGUCUAUGUUGUUUUGAAAAGCCAAAUCGUAUCUUAAACGCACAAUGUUUAAAUUCGCAGAAGCUGUUUCAGAUGUGGAGAUUUCUCCACGCGUCUCUGGAAUGUAACGGUUCGACUGACU